UGGAUUUAUGAUCUGAAGGUAUAUAUUUGACAUUUAUGGAUCACAAGGUAAGAAUUGGGAUCAAUUGCCUUAUUUUCUGUUCUAUUUUUUGUAGAACUUUAAUUUUCAUUCCAAUUUGGUAGUUUGGCUUGACAAAGUUUGAUUUUUUUCAAAAUUUGUUGCAGAUUUGAGGACUUUAUAGAGAUCUUUUUCGAUUUAAGGUUUGAUAAAUUGUGCUCUGCAAUUUGGUGAAGAAAAUUAAUUGUCAUAACGAUGAAAAUUUGUUGGCUAAUACCACGUGCACGUCUGUGGCCAUAUACCUUUUUUUUUUUUAAAGUAACAAAUAUUUUGGUGCAUAACUAAUCGCAUGUCUGUGAAAUGGUUUCUCACUUCAGAAUAACUCUAGCCCUUCAUUUUACUCUAGAGACUAGAGUAGAUGAAGGAAAAACAAAGCAACAAGUUUGAAGAGGAUCACAAAAUAAGGAACCUUGAUCAAAUUGAGAGAUGAAUUUGUUGUGAGAAGAGAUUACACAGCAUAAAAAUACAAUUUCAAAUUUCAAUUUUUGCAUGGUGUAUGAAAUUUUCAUGAUGACAACAUAAUUGCACAGUAGCUUUGUUGCAACUUCUUCAACAACAUGGAAGUGCUUUCUACUUAAACUAUAAGGUAAGUUCUUUGACACUUUACAGAAAGCAAUUAUAGGAUGGCUUUGAGUCUUGGAUGCAACUACUAAUUGAAGUUUUAUUAGAAACGAUUGCUCCCCUACAAUAUGGAACCUUUUCAGAUGUAAGAGAGCACUUAAGUACCAUGUCAAGACAUUAUAAGGGAGAUGAGUUGUCAUUGCAGAGGACACUAAUAUGAUUCACCGGAAUACACACAAUUAUGUUGCUUUGCUUUUCUAUGCUUCGUGGUGUCCUUUCUCUAAAAGUUUUUGGCCAAAUUUUUCUAUCAUGUCUUCUUUGUUUCCUUCAAUUCCCAAUUUCGCAAUUGAAGAAUUUAAGCCACGAUUAGUAAUGUCUUUUCAACACUCUAAGUAUGGAGUUCAUGGGUUUCCAACUCUCAUCCUUUUAAACCCAACAAUACGCAUGCAGUAUCAUGGCUCUUGCAUCCUUGAUUCAGAUUGAAAUUCAUGGUGGCACUAUCGGUAAUCGUGUAUGUUAAAUUGUAUAAUGGUGUCUUUGUCUGUAGCUGUAAUUUGAUUUCCAUUGAAAGUUGGUUUCUGUUUGGUUUCUGUUUGGUUUGGACUGAUAUGCUUAAUUGGUUUCUCUUUUGUUGGACUCUUUUUUUAAUUAAUUCUUUUCUUACGCAGCACAAAGCCUUUUCUCCUUUUUUUGUUUUUUUUUUGUUUUUGUUUUUUGAAUAGAAAUUUUUUCCAAUUCAUUGCCAUAAAUUUCCAGUUCAACAAAAUCUCUUACAGAAACUUAUGAUAUAGUUUAAAGCUUUUUGCGCAGAGACGUAAUUGGCAAAAGACAAAAUAUAAAGAGAUUUAUCAAAUUAAUAUUCUCUUAACAUUGAUUGCAGAUCACCGAGUAAGAUUGCCCUGAUGAUUGGUUAACUUUUCAAUGCUUAUGUGAUGUUAUAUACAUCCCUGCUAUAUCAAUGUUCUGAUCAUGUGAUGGGAUGCUAUGUUUUGAUUCAUGUGAUUGGGAAACUAUUUUUUUCCAACUCAAAUGGGGAGAUAACCACAAUAUCAGAUUGUGGUUCACAGAAUUCCCAAAGUGUGUCACUUUCUCAUAGAAUUCCUCUUCUUUCCCUGUUUGUGCAUUUUUACUUGCCUUUAUGUUCCAAAGAUUGUACAUAGUUGAAUUAGUAAUCAGCAUUUGAGCAAAAGGAAAGCAUCUGUGGCGUUAGAGAUUGGAUUCAACUAAUUUAAUGUGCAGAAACAAAUAUGUGUAUUUAUCUGCCAUUACUUUUUCUUAGUAUUUUUAUCUUCUACUCUUGAUGUCUAAUCAUCUCUUUUGUUUAUGUGCCUUUUCCAUUAUCAAUAUAAGGUGUUUGAAGAUGGAUGUUGGACAAUUGAUGGGAAGAUCGCAAGGAUAAUAUUGAUUUACUUGCAUCGACAUCUAAAGAACCUAUCCUCUAAUUGAGUUCAAAUUACAAUCCUUCUGCAGUACUCAUUCUUGAUAAACUCAGAAGUCUUUGUUUGAAACAUACAAUGAGUGCAUGCUUAUUAUUAUGUGCAUAAAUAUUAUGAAGAGCACAAAGACUCCAACAUCUAUAACGAGCCAAUGAAUAUAACAAAACUAGAAUUCUUUCA